UGAUUAACAAACGCGAGUGUGUGCCAAUCCGAUCCAAUCCAAAACAUGCUUGGUCGUGAUUGUGGCGGGAAAGUGGAUUAUUUUCAUUUUGUAUGUGUUACGGCCGUCAGUGCUGUUCUGUAAAUUGUGUUUCGUGAGUUUCUAAAACAUUUGUGCCGUGAAACGUUCUUUGUGCUAGCACAAUGACGUCUCAAAUACUGAACAUCAGAGGAGUUACCGUUCAUUUUCCUCAUGAGGCAUAUGAGGUGCAAAAGAACUACAUGGAAAAAGUGAUUCAGUGCCUUCAAGAAGGUACCAAUGGUAUUCUGGAGAGUCCAACCGGUACGGGGAAGACACUUUCAUUGUUGUGCUCUUCACUGGCAUGGCUUGAAGAUAAGAAGGCUGCUAUGCAACUGAGAGGCAACAUCGGCAUCGGAGAGCUGCAGUCGGAUAGACGAGGAUCGGGCAUACUUACCUCGCUUACGGAUGCCUUCGAUGAUCCAAGGGGUGAUGUUCAUGGAAUGUAUGGAACGCCAAAAAUAAUAUACAGUUCGAGAACACAUUCCCAAUUGUCUCAAGUAGUUGGCGAGCUCAAGAAUUGCAACUAUAAGUACGUAAAGUCCGUUGUAUUGGGAUCGCGUGACCAGCUUUGCCUACAUCCAGACGUGCAAAAGCUGCCUGACAACAGCUCUAAGCUUAGGAUGUGCAAGCAAAAAGUGUCAACGAAGACUUGCGGGUUUCAUUUAAACUACGACACAAAAAUGACACAGACGGAAUAUCAAGAGAGUUCUGUUGUUGAUAUUGAAGACCUGGGGAAGCUUGACAGCGAAUUAGAUGAGCUAGAAGGACCCACUGUGCACUAUAAGCCAGAAGCCAUAGAGACAUUGUGCCAGUUGACAAAGUUCAAUAAACGAGAACUUCAGCUUAUGUACAGGGGUUUUAAACAGGAGUGUCCUUCUGGAAUGGUGAAAGAGGAAACCUUCAAGAUAAUCUACUCACAGUUCUUCCCAAGAGGUGCAGAUGCUAGUCAAUAUGCUCACUUUGUCUUUAAUACUUUUGACCAGGACCACACUGGGGCAAUAACAUUCACGGACUUUGUAAUUGGACUGUCUGUGCUUUCUCGGGGCUCCCUCCAAGAGAAGUUACGAUGGACGUUUAAUCUUUAUGACAUUAACGGAGAUGGUUAUAUAACGAAAGACGAGCUUGCUCGAAUUGUCAAGGCUGUUUAUGACCUCAUGGGAAAGGCUGUGGAACCCAUGGUGGAAGAAAACACGACGAGGGAACAUGUUGAGAGGGUGUUCCAGAAGCUAGACCUCAAUAAAGAUGGCGUUGUAACCAUUGAUGAAUUUAUGGAUUCCUGUACAAAGGAUGAGAACAUUUCAAAGUCCAUGUCCGUCUUGGACACCAUUCUGUGAUGCUGCGAAUGCAUGAAAGUGCUGGCAGUCUAACCCUUUCUGCUGGGGCAUGUGCACACGAGCGCGGAUGCUGCAUGUGGGCUGCUACUCUCUUGUCUCCCCAGCCACCCAACCAGCGAGAGAGCUGCCCUGGGGUGCCCCCCAGUGACAGGGCACACUUAACUCUCACCCUGUCAAGUGCCAAGAAACUACAACGAGUCUCAAGAGGUGCAGCCAUGGAACCAACGAGACAAUGAAAUCGUGCUGGGACACACCAGCCGACCACGGGCCCACCUCCAAGCGUCCGAAGUGUGUGACACGUGCACCCUGUCCCUUCCCUUCAUGGGGCAAGCUAUGGCAUGUGUUGAACAUGCAUCAAAGGAUAGAUAGAGGUGUCGGGUGUGAGGUUCUUGUUAUUUUUCAUCUGUAUGCUCUUUUGUACAUUUCUAAAGAAAAAAAGAUCUCGUGUAGUAUAAACUUGUACUAUAGUGCAUUGUUUUUGUUUUUUGUAUAAGUUCCCGGACUGAAGAGAAAUAGAAGUGGGAGAAGUUUAGUGGUGACAUAUGCUGUCGUUGCCACGUGAAUUCUGGUGUUUAUACUAUACUGGAUCUUAACACACAUAUGCUUGUUUUGAUCAAGUCCCAUACCUGAGGUGGCAGAAUUGUACCAGAGUCAUCACAUGUGAAGCAUCUUCUACAGAUAUUUUUCAUGAUAAUUCUAGUUUUCUGAAUAUAUGUUUGUAUUUUGAAGCAUCGAUUGCAUGUAUGUGACUACUCUGUUCUGGUUGCACUACCGUCAAAUCAUGCAACAUGUUGCGCAUCCUGAUAUUCUUGUUGUCUGAAAAACAACAUUGGAAGCAAUCAAAUGCUUGAAAAAGCUUUGAGUGACAGGCUGGGGUCUGUAAACAGUAUCGAGUGCCAGGCGUAUUACUUCCUUCAGAAUUUAUUCUCGACAAAAUCACGCAAAAUUGCACGUUUGAGGGGAAGCUGAAUUUAAUUAACAUUCCUGAUGUUUAUGACUUACACCUGGACAGAGUGGUGACAAGCUCUACCAAAACCUACAAGUAUUGGGAAAUUUUAUAUUCAAGAUUAUAAAAUCUAUUUUUUCAAGAAAUACAGAAACAUCUUGCAUUGUGACAUCUUGCUGGAGGAGUGAGGGAUUUCUAGGGGUUACUUUUUACACGCAUCAGUGUUUUCUUUUUUCUUUUUUUUCUGAACAUACAAGUCCUUAUACUCAGCCAUUUAUGAUGCAUUCGGUUGGGGCUGCGAACAUUAUUUCCAGGAUAACAAUAAGCAUAAAAUGCCCGCGUAAUAGCAGCUCGCAACCCAAUCAAAAGCUGAAUUCACCUUAGUUGUGUUGCUGAUUCUUCUGUUAGAAGAAGGCAUGCCAGUAUAGUGCAGUUCCUAAAUAAAGUGUGCGCAUCAGAUAUACCAUUCUGAGAGCAGAUAUCAUGCUCUCAGAAUUGGUUUAAUUUUACAUAUCGCAUUGCGCCCAUAUGCAACUUUUGCACUCACGUAAUGGGAUACGGCACUGAGCAUUGUCACACAUUUCCUAGAGCCUGCUCUCAUCCCUUUUCAGGACCCAUAAUGCUUUGUCUUGAAAAGUCUCAUGGUAAUAACCAAACCUGCCUUCAAGCAGUGACCCACUGCAAGGUAGCUAUUUCUAUCAAAUUUGGUGCAUAUCUACUGACGUCUAGCCAAACUGUUAGUUUGCCAGUGUUUGCUUUCAAAGGUGUGUCUUGUGCAACACCACCUCAUUGGCCCUUGAUUGUUCCAAGCAUGAUGUCCUGGAAGGACAGCUCUGCGGGACCUAAUGCAUGAUAUAGGUAGCGUGCAAAAAACCUUUGCUGCUGAGAGAAGUUGAAUUCAUGACUAGGACUUCGAGGAACAUAGAAAAAAAUAUACUCGGAAAAAAGUAAGGUGGAGCCGUGAUUAUAGCCGUUUACAUGCACUACUUCUCUGCUUAUGCUUGUUCGCAACUAAAACAGUGAAAUGAUUAUUUGUACCACUCCCAUCUUGUGAUGGAGAAAUUGUUUGAUAUUUUUGUUACAUGUACGAACUUUCCUCACCUGAAGUUUAAGGUGUACAUUCAAUUUACCAGUCUAUAAGAAAACACACCAUCACCACAUCCGUUAUAUCAGCUAUAAUAAUGAAAACGAAAAGACACCAACUGCUGCUUUGUGCCAUUGAAGCUUGGUGUUAAAAUGUGAUAUGCAGCACAAUCAUGUGUUCAGAGUACUGUUUGGAUAUCGACAUAAGGAAGCUAGAAUAACUUGGGUGUGCAUGUGGCACAGGACAUGCGAGGUUUUCAUUUGAGAUGCAGCUAAUCUUGGCUAGGCCAGUUCAGAAGCCAACAACAACAACACUCUUUUUUGGGGAAAUAGAGUGCGAGACAUCUCACUAUGAUGGAAAUUGAAGUUGUCUCAAAAUGUUUUCUCAGAAAUGAUUGUGCCUAGGUCAAUGAAGUUCCAAGAAGGGGUGUUGCUGAUAGUUUUUGUUUAUUUUCGUAACUGAAGAGUUUAAAAAAGAACGGAGUGGAACGUGUCACUGAAAUGAAUUCAGUAGACUGGAGAAUCCAAUGAAUACACACCUGGACUAUAUUGUCCCCUCCACUUUUUUGUGGGGGCCAAUCCACUGGCAUAGUUCUGUUUGUUCACUGCUUUAGAAGGCUGUACUGUUGUCUUUGAAACAUGUAUUUCAAAGAUAGCUAAUCCAUUCCCUGGAGCAUAAUUUGGGAAAGCUCCGGUAGACGUAAUGAAAGACAGCAUGUUUCUGAAAUACUGCAGCUGUGUGAAUGCCAUUGCCCACAUUUUGUCACAAGUCCUGUAUAUCGUAUUUGAUUUAGUACACCUAAAAUUUUUUUUUACACGAAAUUACUUAGAUGCAGGUAAAUUGUCCUCUCUCCUCUCUCUGCUCUUUCAAUACACUACUCUAUCCUUCUUUCAAAUUCAAUCUUGAAAACUAUUGCAUAUAAGCUUUCAUUUUAGGUGGUAGCGAGAAAAAUGUCCUGUAGAGAUAAUUUUUAUCGCAUAGUAUAACUGCAAUACAAGUGUUGCAAAAAACGGCGACCUAGGCAAGCCAAACCCUUCUUCUGUAAUCUCUGAGAUGUAUAGGCCAGUUGUAAGAAGGCACUACAAAAUCUAGUUCCCUAUAAUAAUUUAUUGCAUAAAGUGCACAUUCAUAUAAUUAUUCUUGCUUGUUUAUACAAAUGUGUAUAUGUACGACCUUUUGUAAGCAUCAGAAAAGCAUUAAGCCAGUCAGACGAAAGGGGAGAAAUAGUUGGCACAUGCUGCUGAAAAACAAAAUGGUGUCAAAUUGCCUGAGUAUUUUCUUUGUGCUACAAUGCAGCGUACACUUUCUGUUGGUUCAAGGUGAGGCGUGCAACAAGUGCUUGAUCCCACAGCGUUUAAAAAACUUUUCAAAGAACCGACAACAACCUGUUGGUACAUAGAGCAUCGUUAUGACCAUUAAUGUGCAAGAAAUGACUGCACAUACAGACAACAAAAGUGUACAAACUCGGUGUAAGGUGAGCGCUGUUUUUUUUUUAGGUAAAUCGUUCUGUUGUCAGCACCAGUUACAUUGUUCAACUGGCUGCUUUGCAAGUGUUUCAGGAUAACCAAACUCCCUCUCUCUCUGUUGCAUUUUGUUGUGCAUCUACUAUGCAAUACAAUCUAAUCAUACGAUAUAAUGUCUUACAUACUUCUGUGAUAAUUUUUAUAGCACCUGACUUAAAUCUGAAUGGGUGGCACCAGACUACUAAAUCAUUCAAAAAGCAGGGACGUCGCAAAUCUUCCACGGCAGUUAGGGCAUGAAGUAUACGCGUGACGUUACUUCCGUGCGCUUCCAUGUUAAGGAAUCUUGAAGAUUCUCGAAGACAUCUUGUAACAUCACCUUGUUGCGACAUCUCUGUAUCCGAGCCCUUUUUGUGAGUUAGGGCUCGUCUUAGAUCAUGCUGCAGGCAUUAUCCUGUUGGUGUUACGUUGUCAUAUAAUGUGUCCAACCUGCUUGACCAGGUCAAAAAUCAAAUCUCACACGUCAGAGAUCACACGGCAUUAUUUAUUAGUUUACCUCAUUUAUUCUAAGUGUUUGCAACAGAAGAUCGCUAUCUAAACUUUAGCUUUGGGACACUGUGGAUAUGGCUAAAGUUUAGCUAAUGGUGUGGAAGUAACAUCAGAAAACUGCAUUUGUCCAUAUACAAAACAUCUGUGCUGUAGCAUUUGCAUAAUUUCUACUUUCAGGUGCUACAACAUUAAUAGGAGCAUGUAAAAUUAUGAAUGGUAAGGAAGUGACCGAUGUGCAGUAUUACAGGUUCGAUACUUGAAUUUGAGGGCUAUUAAAUAAGCAAGCACA